AGAACAGUUGCUCUUUGCUUGUGACUCCAUAACAAAGCAGGAGUGUUAAGGGUCCAUGCCACUACGCAGCUAGCUAGCCAACUAACUGACACUCCUUAGACCACUGCGGAGGCUGAACUGUGCCAGGGUUGACCUCCUGAAUUCUCACAAGCAACUCCAUCAUCUGUUUGCAGCCAUGUUUGAGACCAGUAGUGACGAAUUGUUCCUGCCCUCCUACCAAGAUGAGGAGCUGGUGGACAACCUGCUGUCCGGUGAGGAAUCGGAUGGUGGUGAAGGGCUCUCCCUGGCUAGGGCCCUGCUCCCCCUGGUAGAGUCAUCCUCUCCUCCUCUCAUCCCCUGGGUCUGCUCCACCCGCUACAAGACGGAGCUCUGCACCAGCUACUCGACUACUGGUUUAUGCAAGUAUGCCGAGCGCUGCCAAUUUGCCCACGGCCUCCACGAGCUGCAUGUUCCCUUCCGCCACCCGAAGUACAAGACUGAGUUAUGUCGCAGCUUCCACACAACCGGCUACUGCUACUACGGAAGCCGCUGUCUGUUUGUCCACAACCCCACUGAGCAGCGCCCUGCCCUGCGCCGCCGCAGGGAUGUUCCCUGUCGCACCUUCUGCUCCUUUGGCAUUUGUCCGUUCGGCACCCGCUGCAACUUCCUGCAUGUGGCGGGCGGAGACAUCGGCAGCGGCCCGGAGUCUCCUGACGUUGUCCAGGAGAAGCCUGCACCUGUCGCCAGACCCCUGCUCCAACCACAGACAAAGGAGUGGAAGCCACGUGGCGCUCUGUGCCGCACCUUCAGCUCUUUUGGUUUCUGCCUGUAUGGCACACGCUGCCGCUUCCAGCACGGCCUCCCCAGCAAGGUCAAAACCUCGGAGCAGACCCACGGAGGGUCCUUCUUCUCCCAGCUGUCCCUUGGCAGUUCAGGUGUACCUUCCCCCACCUCCCUCUUCACCUCCACCUCGCCAAUGUCUUCCACCUCCUCUUCUCCUCCAUCAGCCUCUCCUCUCCCCACCCCGCCUGCAGAGGCCACAGCCCACAACGCCUUCACCUUCUCCAGUCAGCACCUGAGCGACCUGCUGCUGCCUCUGGCCCUCCACCUGCAGCAGCUGGAGAGCAGCAAGGCCCAGGAGAUCUGGGACAACAGGGAGCUCUAACUGGACGUGGUCAUAGUUGGAAACCAGCAUCAGCACUGAACACCACCGCUCAAUUAAAAAUGUUUUAUUUUUUUAUAAACCCUCCCCUUUUCCCUAGGGUAUUUUAAUAUUUUUAAACUUAGGUUGUUUACUUGAAUGUUUGUCAGCAGGUCAAGCGGGCCUUGAACUGUUCAAUUGCAAAUCAAGUAGUCUGCAGUUGACCGGUGGGUCAGUGGUCUCAGGGAUUGCUACAGUUGCUGCCAUAUGAGGAGUUAUUUUUUUUAACUGUUGUAAAUACUUUAUUAAUCAACUUGAGUAAAUGAAAUGUCUGACCUCAGAAUCAUGAAUAAACCAAUUUUAAAUCUAA